CUCGCUCCUCCCCGUAAGCAACCUGCAGAAUCAUACAACACACUUCUGGUAACGUAUAUGGUUAGUGAAACCCCGCUGUCGAAAAAAGAUUUUUUUUUUAUCUAAGUAGUGUAGCUCCACCUCGUCCACAGAUUUUGUACCACUUUUAGGACUAUAGCAUCAGGCUACAUGGAUAACUGAAGAAGUUUGUUGACAGCAGCCUACGUGCCACAGGGACUCAAGUGAUCUCGUUAACAGCUUGACUUUUACCCGAUGCUGUCCCCGGCAAGAUAAAAGCUCCCGUGAGUAACGUAUAGUGAAGGCACGCAACAUCUCCCGAACACCGGAUUCGAAUGGAAAGAGUCCUGUUGUCAUGGUUAAGUUAUCUUAGCCAUGUUUUGGGAGGUGACUUUCAUCAGAAGAGACGGCUGCUGUUGUUGCUACAGUAACAUCGUUACAGAAUGAGCUCUUUGGAACACAGCAUUUCACAGUCCUCAAAGAAGAUGGCACAGACAGGACAGUCAUCACAUAGUGAUGACAGUGACUCAUCCCGGCCCAGCAGCAGACAGGAUAGCUGGGAGGUUGUGGAAGGUUUGCGUGGAAUACUGGGUAACGCACAGGUGCCGGAGCUCCAGGAGGGCUUCCUAUUGAAGAAACGGAAAUGGCCAAUGAAAGGCUGGCACAAGAGGUACUUCCUUUUGGAUAGGGGUAUUCUGAAAUAUGGAAAGACUGGAGCUGAUUUGCAAAAGGGAAAAUAUAGGGGCUGUAUUGAUGUUGGACUGUCGGUAAUGUCAAUCAAGAAAAAGACUAUGUGUAUAGACCUUGACACCGAGGACAGCAUUUAUCAUUUGAAGGUGAAGUCUCGGGAUAUGUUUGAUAACUGGGUGUCCAAACUGCGGCACCAUCGUGUGUUUCGUCAAAAUGAGAUUGCCAUGGACCCCAGUGAGAGACAUCUGCAGUGUGAACCUACCAGCAGCAUGAGGAAUGCCAUUCUCACCAAACAGGCCUCCAUUCAGGCAAUGUCAGGAUUGCUUCAGAGUAAUAAUGACCUUGACCGAUGUUGCCAAGAUCUCACUGAUUGUGAAUCAUGUUUGUUGGAGUUGAAUUUAUUGUUGAAGAACAUGGAGGUCAUGCAGCAUGCUUACUCUGCCCCUGCCAUCAACACACUUCCGGGUGAUGGCUCAAAGAAAGAGAAGAGAGGACAUAAGAAAUGGCGUUCAAAGACCUCUAGUAAAGACAGCAACAGCUCAUUACAAGUUCCCAGUCCCACCCGUCUUCAUGUUUCCAACCCAAACCUGUCAGCCAGUGAGCCUAGCUAUCCCGAAACCUUCCUACAAACUCCUGACUCACCAACCAAUGCUGCCCGGCUGCAGGAGGACUUCUGCAGGCUAGCCAGUACCAUCCAUACCACACUCCUAUCAGCCUUCAGAACACUAUCUGCAGAAAAAAAUCAAAUCAAACUGGUUCUGGAGCAGCAAAACACUGAGGUCGAUGGCCGAAGUCCACCGAAGCACCAGCGAUCUACUGAAAGUCGAGGAUCCCUCUCCGAUUCUCUGUCCGAGUUCUUUGAUGCACGGGAAUACCUGCUGUCCUCCAGCUCCACUGACAAUGAGGUGUCAGAUGAUGAUUCAUUCCUCAGUGACGCCAGUGAUAGUGUUUCUGUGGAUUACUACAACAGUGAGACAAGUAGUGAGCGAGACGACUCAGCAAUGGUGUGCGUCAUGCGGCGGACACGUCUGCCCUGUCGCAGCUCGGACAGCAGCGUGAGUCUCUGGAACAUUCUACGCAACAACAUCGGGAAAGACCUCAGCAAAGUGUCUAUGCCUGUGCAACUGAACGAGCCCAUCAACACACUGCAGCGCCUGUGUGAGGAGAUGGAGUACACGCAGCUACUCGACACGGCUGCGCACACCAACGAUCCUCAUCUACGCAUGGCUCAUGUAGCUGUUUUUGCCAUAUCAGCGUAUGCCUCCACAUUCCACCGUGCCGGAGGGAAACCUUUUAAUCCAGUACUGGGAGAGACGUACGAGUGUGACCGACCUGAUAAGGGCUUCAAAUUCAUAUCAGAACAGGUUAGUCAUCAUCCUCCGGUUUCUGCAUGCCACUGUGAGUCCAAAAACUUCACUGUGUGGCAGGAUGUUCGCUGGAAGAAUAAAUUUUGGGAGUCCAUGGAGAUCGUUCCCAUGGGAACCACUCAUGUGGUGUUGCCAGGGUUUGGCGAUCACUAUGAGUGGAAUAAGGUCACUUCCUGCAUCCAUAACAUCCUGAGUGGGCAACGCUGGAUUGAACACUACGGGGAGAUGUCCAUUAAAAACACUGUUACCAGCGGCAACUCGAGCACUUGCAAGGUCACCUUCAUCAAGGGAAGAGGUGGAACCUCCAAUGUCAAUAACGUGGAAGGCGUGGUCACAGAUGCAGACGGACAUGCCAUUCACUCCUUUUAUGGCAAAUGGAACGAAGCGAUUUACUUGGGAGACCCCUCCUCUGCCACGUGUAUUUGGAGAGCAAACCCGAUGCCUGAGGACUAUGAGCAGUACUAUGGCUUAACUCAGUUUGCAGUUGAGCUCAAUGAGCUGGAUGAAAAAGAGAAGCCUUUAUUGCCUCCAACUGACACACGCUUCCGACCAGACCAGAGGCUUCUGGAGGUGGGUGAUGUGUCGGGAGCAGAGGAGCAGAAGGAGCGCAUCGAGGGGCUACAGCGUGAGAGGAGGAGGGUGCUGCAGGAGAACAACAUCAGCCACCAGCCCAAGUUCUUCAAGCGUUCUGAAGAUGACUUAUGGGUCAGUAACAGGACCUACUGGGACCUGAGGAAAGACCAGGGAUUCAAACAGAUGGAGUUCCCACUACUCUGGUGACCAUGUGGACGCUUGGUCUUAAUCAAAGGGCUUCCUCUGUGUUAUGGUUAAAUAUGGCUUUACUGUCCUUCCCACUCUUAAUGGGCAUUUGGCUUCCUAAGAAGCAAAACUUUUUUCCAAAGUCUGUUGUGGCUGUGUGUGCGCGCGUGUGGGUGUGCGUCUGCAUGUGCGUGUGUGUGUUUGUCUAUGUGUAUGUGACUCUGCACUGAAGUUACCAUUUUUCUACCUUUAUCCAAGGGAAUUGAGUGAUGGUGGUUAGUGUGUCACGUGCGAGCACUCACAGUCUGCCUACAUGCCACCACACUUUGUGCCAAAGAAAACAUUAGGCUACUACUGCUGACAUGCACACACUGUACAUACACAAACACACACUCUCUCUCUCUCUCUCUCUCUCUUUCAACCUCUUUCAACCAGCCCACACCUGCUGCCUUAUCGUUCUUUGUCUCAGAGUAAAGGGAAUAAAAUAAUAAUGAUGAUCAUGGAAAAUAUGGCAAUUGUACUCAUAAUCAUUGUAACAAUAAAUAUGUCUAAAGGGAUUUGUCGAA